AUGUCACAACAAUUUGUCGGUUGUAUGGUGUCAAUAAAGUGCGUUGAUGAUUUGGGUACUUAUCAGGGUCAAAUAAUUAAUUUCAAUCGGCAAACUGUUACUAUUUCAAAGGCAUUCAAAGAUGGAAUUCCUCAUUCUUCGCAACAGGUUACUAUCAAUGCCAGAGAUAUACAAAAUUUGGAAAUAAUAUCAACAGAAGAAGCUGGAGCUAAGGAAGUACAAAGUCAGAAUAAAAUUACUGUUAAAAGGCCUAUCGCUAAACGUGCUAACAGAUCUGUCUCUGAGUGUAUUCCUCCUUCGACGCCUCCUUCAGUAAGCCAAAAUCAGAAUCAGAAUCCAGUACAAAACUCGGUAAAAAAAACCACCGAGCAGAGUCAUCCUGAGUACCCAGUUAAUGGACGAGUUGUCGCUGCAGAGACGAAUGCUAAAUUUAAUCAAAAGAGAGUCACACAGAGACAAAAAUGGCAGGAGAGAGAUGAACAGGCUUUUGGUACUCCAAUUGAUCAGUCUAUGAAUCAAGAUUUUGAUUUUGAAAAAAAUCUUGCUUUGUUUAAUAAAGAAGCUGUAUGGGAGGAAAUAAAUUCAUUGAAACCAGACAUAGUAAGACAGUCAGAGAGUAAUAGAGGAAAAUAUCGUCAUGACGAGAAUGUUAUUGUAUCCAAACCGACUACUCUGAGACAAAUAAUUGUCCCAGUGAGUGACGAGCGUGAAUAUGUGACGGACGACGGUCUUGUGAUACCCAGCAUCACUGUAGAUCUUCACAGACAGUUAAUAGGCGCCGCUGACCGUCUGGGAAUCAGUUGGGAGCGACGAGUUGAAUUAAUGGGCCGAGCCGGAGCGGAAAUAAUAAUCCAAUUGCUGGGUGGCGCUCAUCGUUUAAAUCCGAAAAAUGCUCACCAGUGGCCGACAAUCGUAGCAUUGUGUGGACCUCACCGUACUGGAGCCGCUGGAGUUAAUUGUGCACGACAAUUAUCAACUCAUGGUAUUAAAACAGUAGUUUAUGUUGAAAAUUCGGAAAAUAUUUCGUUACUUCAGGAGUUGUCGUUGUACAAAAUGACGGGAAACAAAGUUGAGACUAAAAUAGAUAAAUUAGCGUCAGUUGUUGAUCUUAUUAUUUUGGCACUUUAUGACGAGCAUUCACCUAAAAACAGUAUUCCAGCGGUUGCCAAAUGGGUCAACAGUAAUAAAGCUCCUGUCCUUGCUAUCGAACCGCCUUCAACUGGGACUCCCGGUAUCUUGAGUAAAUUUAGUCUUGUUGGUGGAUUACCAUUAUCACAUAGCCCCGAUAACGGUAGAUUGUAUCUUUGUAAUUUGUCGUUGCCAAACAAAGUUUUUACAGAUGUCGGAAUAACUUAUCGAUCACCAUUCGGCCCUAAAUUUGUUAUUCCACUUCACUAUGACGACUCUUAA